CUUUAGGGCUGAAGAUAAUUUGGAUGAAAGUAGUUCGGACAAAAGCUCAAGUUCGGAAGGGAACAACUCAUUAUCUGGUGUCCAACAGUAUAGGAGCCGGCACCAGAGCAGGAGAAUUAAUCCUCCUACAAAUGUCCAGAAAGCAGCUACAGAUAUGGAAGAAGUAGAAGAAAGUUAUAAUUUUAACUCUAAUAUCCUCACCUAAAUCUCCUAAUAUGCCCAGAUUAGUUAGAAUAGAAGGCAUGACUACAAAAUUAAGAACUAAAAGAGGGAAUAAACAGAGUAAGAAGAGGUUUGAAUCAUGGAGCAAGUCAUUCAAUAAACCUCCAGAAGAAAAAGAGGCUAUGGACUACACUCCAGAUGAAUAUUCUGAGCUUUGAACUCCUGUGUCUAAUACUCGGUUCUCGACGACAUUUCAUAACCCAAAGAACAAGAAUAUUGCUAAUUAACUCUGGAAGAAACACAUACUCUGAUUUUGACAACUUCCGUUCGGCAAAAUAAGCUGAAGAAGGCUAAUAGAGAAGACUCUUGAAUCAGCAUUCGACCACUUGGCUCUGAUAAUAGCCAAGCAGAAAUUGUUGGAGUCGCUAGUACAACAAAUUUUGUAGCUCCUUCGUUAAUAGAUAUCAAGAAAAAGCCGAAAACUGAGGUUAUAAUUAAUGAAAACGCGCAAUGAAGGAAGUCGAUCAGGUACCAACAGAAUAUGAUAGCCAAAGAGGUAGAUGAGAGCCCGAAAAUUCGAAAAUAUGAGUCAGUCCAAAGGAUCAAUAAAAAGAUGUUACAGGAAUUGAAAGAUACAGUUACUCCGAAAAAUCAAGAGGAAAAGAAACAAAUACAGCCUUUAGUAGAAAAGAAAGGUGAUGUAGACUCCAUCGUUGAGGAAUAUAAGAACCACGAAGAUGACUCUAAGCUCUUUAGAACAGAAAAUCUUGCAAGAAAAUCGAACAAAAAGAGCAAGAAGAACGCCAGACCUGAGACUGCCGAUAGGAGUAGAAGGAACAAGAAGGUUGAAGAAUAUGGGGCAAGCCAAGAAGAACAGUUCUUGAGCAAUGACCAUAUUGAGAAUUAUCUAAAAUAAAAACACUGCCAGAGACUUCACUGAUAGUAACAGGAAUGCAAAUGGGGUAGUCGGGAUGAAGAGCCACUUCGGAGGAAUUAUGACAAAAUAACAAAACUAAAUUCUCUGCACUUUCUGAACAAAUGGGUCAGAUCAAACUAGGCAAGAAUGGCAAAAUGAACCUCAGGAAAAAUUCUAAACUAACCAGUGAGGCGAUGGGAAACUUUAAAGAAAACCAUAAGGCUCAGCCUAAGAUGAUCAAGAGAAAGCUUGGGAUGAGACAUACCAGAGAGGCACAAGAGGAACAUAAAUAGCUGAGAGAGAAAUAAAUCAGAGAAUAGUGUCAGGAGCAAGGACAUUCUUGUGGACGAUCUCUCAAAUUUCCCAUUCCUCAAAGAUGUUAGUGAGGGCUGUUAUAAUUUACCCAGGAUGAGAGAUCUUAAUAAGUUUGAAAGCCGGAAGAAAUUUCUAGGCUACCAGGCAUGCUUUAUUCAGAAAUUAGUCUCUAAAAUGACAAAGGUUGCUGAGAUGAGAAGAUUAGUCCAUCUCCCUAUCCCAAAAUGAUGAGGAAAUAUGCAGUUGUCUAUUAUCAGGAAUAAAUCAGGGUUCAACAAGUUUCAUCCAAAAUAUACUCUAGCAAUAACUAUCACCUACGAAAAUGGGGAUAACCUUGUGAAGGAAAUACUUGUUGGCAAGAAGAGAAGCGGCAACAAGACUUCCAACUAUCUGGUCUCUCUUGAUAUAAAGAAUCCAAAACCAAAAGGAGACAUGUACAUUGGAAAAGUACGAGCUACUGAUUCUAGAAAGAGCCAAUAUUACAUAUUUGAUGAUGGGAAAUAACCCCCAGGAAUGCUCCUCAAAGGAGAAAUGGAGGUCAACUCUUAUGGGAAUAAACUUUAGCAGCCAGAAGAUGCAGAGUAUUGGCAAUAUUAGGACUACAAAUAUUUAUAUGCACAAAAUAAACCCUAAUGAAUGGGAUACAAGUAAUCCUCAUAGUGAUAGACUUCAGUACUCCAGUGCUAACGAAAUUUUUAAUGAUGAGACUGCUAUUAUCUUAUGUGAUAAAUAAACCAAAAUGGUCAGAUUCUAAAGGUAAAUAUGUAUAUAACUUCCAUGGACGAUGAAAUAAAGCUUCUGUCAAGAACACUCAGUUGAUACCCGAAUCAUAUCCGUUUAGCCCCGAAACAAUAGCAGACAAGGAAGAAAUGGCAAUGUACCAACUUGGAAGAUGGGAUAACAAUGAAUUCACCGUCGAUUUCCACCACCCAAUGUCUGUCUUCCAAGCUUUCGCCCUCUCAUUAUCUAUAUUCGAUACUAAUUAAUUCAAUAUGUAAA